GUGAUCAAGUAUUAUUUUAAUUUACACAUUCCUGUGACGUAAACUAACUUAAAUUACACCGGGAUUCGCUUGAUUUUAUAUACUAUUGUAUAAUCAUUUACCUGAAGAACAAUGAAGAGAAUUCUUGUUCUUGUGUGUUUGAUCUAUUUUAGUAAAGCAGUGUAUACUAAGGAACACAGCCAGCUGGUGUCAGAAGAGUGCCUAGACUGCCUAUGUCAGUUGCUGACCAAGUGUGACCUCUACAGAGGGUGUCAAAACGGUGAUUGUGGACCGUUCGGAGUGACUAUGCCUUUCUGGGAGGACGCUGUGGGGAUACAGGACCAGGACGGCGCCAAGAGAAAUGAUCCAAAACUGAUAUCUGAAUAUGAGAAGUGUGCUACAGAUCUGAUAUGUACUACUAAGGCGAUCCAAAAUUACAUGGAGUUAUACAAAAGAGACUGUAACAAAGAUGGGGUGAUUGAUUGUCUCGACUUUGCGGCUAUUCACACCCAAGGCCCGACAGGCUGCUUGAACCAGCCAUUUCCCGAGAAAAAGAAGAACUUUAUGGAAAACUGUUUAGAGGAAAACAUGUCAGGGAUAUAUUCUGUCAAGAUGCGAGAACUUGCCGAACUGGAGACUGUACAACAACUACAAGGAGAUAUGUCUCAAUGUCAAUACCCGUAACAUUUGUACAAACAAAAACUAUUUAUAUGCUUAUAUAUUUUUAAUACGAUUUAUAUACAGAGUGUUCAAAAAAAGGUGGGGACAUAUUUUACCUAGUGAUUUCUUGGGUAAAAAUAAAGAGAAAAUCACGUAUAACAUUUUUCCAAAAUCGCUUCGUUUACCAGAUAUUCACCAUUUUGUAUUUUUUACAUAAACAUUAUUAUCUUUUGACUCUUUCAACCGUUCUUUAUAAAACUUGGUUUGUAUGUUAAAGUAGAAGAUACCCAUGUUAAUCAACUUUAUGAAAAAAACGUCUAGAACACUUUUAUUUGGCAUUUUUAAUUCCCUAUCGAACAAUACCAAGUUCAUAAAUAUCGAAUAAGAAAUAGCCGAAAUAUUAUGAUUUUUAGUUGUAAAAUGGGACAAACCAGACUAGCUUCUGCCUUAUUCUACCCCAUUUUACAACAAAAAUCGUUAUAUUUCAGCUAUUUCUUAUUUUCUAGACGAUUUUUCAUAAAAUAACUGUUUUUGAGUAACUUUGAAAAAUUUAAAUGGCCGUCAUUUUGAAAUUUUAAGUUAAAUUAAGAUGAUUUUUUUUCUAACAUGGGUCUCUUUUAUCUUAACAUACAUACAAAGUUUUAUAAAGAUCAGUUGAAAAGUCCAAAGAUAAAAAGUUUACUUAAAAUAUACAAAAUGGCGGAUAUCUGGUUAACGAAGCGAUUUUGGAAAAAUUGUUAUACUUGAUUUUCUCUUUUAUAUUGGCCUUUUUGAACACCCUGUAUAUAUAUACUUAAAAAAUGUGGAAAACAUUGUAUAUUUUUAAUGUAGGCCUCAUAUUGGUUUCUGCUUCUAUUGUAUUUACUUCUAUGUUUUAAAAGCUAAACAAUGCUAUAAAAAUAAUUCCACG